UUUCUUCUAUAAAAAUAGACAUUCGAAGCGAAGGCUGUAAUGAUCCGGAAAGAAAGCCAGACACAUGUGGUAUUGCUUACAUAAAGGUGAAUGGAAAAGAAUACUCGAAACAAAGGAGAGGGCAUAAUGUUGUAGUCGUGGAUGCCGUAACAGGAAUUGUGCAAAACUCCGUGAAUUUCGAUACCCAUGGAAAUGGUGCUGCUGGAACCCAGUUGAGAGACUUUCUCAACACUUUUGUUGGAGACAAAAUAAUCCUGAUUGCAGUCCAAGACGAGGGUUUACGCUAUCUUGAAAAAGCUUUUGAUGCUCUGACGAGAAUUGGUGGCCACGACGUGAGCUCUCUCGAAUACCGAGGAUCAUACGCUCUCAUCGGAUAUCCGAGCGAAAAGAAGCCAUUUUAUGUGAAACAAGUACAGAGGAAGAGUGGCCAAGGACCAAGCGUGAUCUCCGCGACGGUUCCACUCACGACGAUUCCUUCUAUAAAAAUAGACAUCCGAAGCGAAGGCUGUGACGAUCCGGGUAAAAAGCCAGAUACAUGUGGUAUUGCUUACAUAAAGGUGAAUGAAAUUGAACACUCGAAACAAAGGAGAGGGCAUAAUGUUGUAGUCGUGGAUGCCGUAACAGGAAUUGUGCAAAACUCCGUGAAUUUCGAUACCCAUGGAAAUGGUGCCGCUGGAACCCAGUUGAGAGACUUUCUCAACGCGAUUGCCGGAGACAAAAUAAUCCUGAUUGCAGUCCAAGACGAGGGUUUACGCUAUCUUGAAAAAGCUUUUGAUGCUCUGACGAGAAUUGGUGGCUAUGACGUGAGCUCUCUCGAAUUCCGCGGAUCAUACGCUCUCAUUGGAUAUCUGAGAGAAAAGAAGCCAUCUUAUGUUAAACAAAUACAGAGGAAGAGAGGCCAAGGACCAAGCGUGAUCUCCGCGACGGUUCCACUCACGACGA